AUCCCACAUCCCGCGUUUCCACGGGAAAUAAAUGCGCGUUUACUUCACGCACAUCACUAUCCAAUCAGUCGAGUUUCAACUCUCAACCGUCGUUACCGUUCCCUUCGUUUCCAGCAAGCAAAGCAAGAAUUCAUCAUUCUCUCCGCAUUUCCCUUUGAACAAAACAAUGGCGUCUCAAAGCCAUAGUCCCAAAAAUUCCCUAUAUCCAGAAGUGAUGCUAUCAAAUACCGAUUCCCCUUCUCAUCUCCACUCAAACCCUAAUCCUCAAUCCUCAUCUUCCAACCUCUACCCUACCAUAGACAUGCGCGACCUCGUCGAAAAUCUGUUCCCUGACCCCGAAGAAUACAAUCAACGAGCCCCCUCUGCCCCGCCGGAGGCCAUCGAGGAAGUAUUGAUCAAAAUUCCCGGUGCCAUUCUUAAUCUCAUCGAUAAAAACUACAGUGUCGAGCUCGCUUGUGGAGAUCUCUCCAUUGUCCGCCUCUGCCAGGGUGAUAAUAUCGUCGCUGUUCUCGCUCGAAUCGCGGACGAGAUCCAAUGGCCGUUAGCCAAGGACGGGGCCGCUGUAAAACUAGACGAUUCGCAUUACUUUUUCUCCCUCCGGUUGCCCAAGGAGCAUCAGGGUUCGGAUUCGAGCAGUGAUGAGGAGGACAAGAAGAGUAGAAACAAAAACAUUAGUGAUUCGAAUGAUAUAUUGAAUUAUGGUUUGACCAUUGCAUCCAAAGGGCAGGAGGCGUUGUUGAAGGAGUUCGAUGUCAUUUUACAGGCUUAUAGCUGUUUUACGGUUCAUAGAGUUUCAGAGAAGGCGAAAGCUAAGGGAGAGUCUUUGUUGGAUGAAUUGACAGUGAAGGAGACUUCACCGGCCGAUUUGCAUUAUGAGGAGAAGAAAAAGUCGAUGGAGGGGAAGAGUGCCGCGUAUUGGACCACAUUGGCGCCCAAUGUGGAGGAUUAUAGUAGCACUGCUGCGAAGGUAAUUGCUGCGGGUUCAGGGCAUCUGAUUAAGGGCAUUUUGUGGUGUGGGGAUGUGACUGUCGAUAGGAUGAAAUGGGGGAAUGAGGUCAUGAAGAGAAGGAUGAGUCCCAAGUCGAAGUCAGAGAUUAGUCCUGACACUAUGAAGAGGAUUAGAAGAGUUAAGAAGAUGACAAAAAGGACGGAGAAAGUUGCCAAUGGAGUUCUUUCUGGGGUUGUGAAAGUGUCUGGAAUUUUCACUAGUAAAGUUGCGAAUUCAAAAGUGGGCAAGAAAUUCUUUGGCCUUCUGCCAGGGGAAAUUGUGCUUGCAUCCCUGGAUGGGUUUAGCAAGGUUUGUGAUGCUGUUGAAGUAGCUGGAAAGAAUGUCAUGUCAACAUCAUCCAAUGUGACAACUGAACUCGUUAACCACAGAUAUGGUGAACAAGCAGCUAAGGCUACAAAUGAGGGUCUUGAUGCCGCUGGACAUGCAAUAGGGACUGCAUGGGCAGCAUUUAAGCUUCGAAAGGCGCUUAAUCCAAAAAGUGCAUUAAAACCCAGCAGCUUGGCUAAGUCUGCUGUUAAAGCUGCUGCUGCCGAGAUCAAAGCUAAGAAUUCCAAAUGACUAUAGAUGGAUAUUCUUAAAACAUUGCAUAAUUUCAGCCCUAAAAUUUGAAGCUACAUUCUUCUAUUUUACCCUUUGCUGCUUGUUGUAAAUUUAGCUAUUAUUCGUUUGUAAAAAAAUUUUUUUCCUCAUUAAUGUGUAAUUAUUAUAAUAGUUUUACAGAGACUACAAAAAGUUUACUGUAACUCGAAUUUGUUGUUUUCUGGAUUGGGUUGUUAGCUUCACUGGGUAACUUCUGGUAUUCCCAGGAAAAGUUUUAGCCGAGUUCUUUCAUAGUUUCCUUUAUGGCAUGUUGAAGGAAGGAAUCCAAAUGUUUGAAUUGGUCCUUUGGCAUAUUUGAGGAA